AUGAACAAACUUAAAAGUAUAUCAACAAUGUGUAGUAGUAGUAAUAUUAGGGGUGGUGGCGGCAAGACCACACCACCCAACUACUAUUACUUUUUUAUAUCUUUGUUAAUUUUUAUUUGUUAUUCACACACUUUAUUGAUCAUUGGUUGCAAUGCACAACAAGAUCAAUUACCAAUUGAAACAGUCAAUGCAUUGAUUGAUAUUAGAACAGCCUUUUCAUUACAAUCGGUAUACCCAGACGACACUUCAUUUUGUACAGCAAAUUUAACAAUCAUUCAAUGUAAACAAGAUUUUACAACUGUUAUCUUUUUAACAUUGGAUGGAGGUGGAACGGUUCAUUUACCAUUAUCAGUAACCGUUUUGACCAAUUUAACUCAAUUUAAUCUAACUUUAACUUUUAUAUCAUCUUUGCAACCAACAAAACCACCAGAACACUAUCAAAUAUGUGAUAGAUGUAAUAUUAGUAAAUUUGAAGCAAGUAAUGUUACUUCAUUCUCUCAAUUAACCUUAUUGAAUAAUCCAAUUGAGGGAAAUGUAAACUUGGAUAAUUUCCCAGUUUUGAAUCAACUUAUGGUCUACACGACUGAUCCAACUCUAGUUAGAGAGGUUUAUUACACAACAACCGCUAAUAUGAGAUUAACUAGAUUUUAUGGAACCAUGAGUGCUAUAUUAAAUAUGUCCUAUUUUCCAAAUUUGACAGAUUUGUCUAUUUAUAUAGGUGAAAACUUCCAACAAUCUUCAUUUUCAUUUUUCGAAUUACCCAGAGCUUUAGCUUUACCUCUUGUAAGAAUGAACGAUGUAGCUGGAUCCCAAAGAAUGCUAGAUUACCCAAGGUUUGAAAAUUGGUAUAGACCAACUGCCUUAGUAUUUAAUAAUGUAAAUUUUAAUCCAGUUUUAACAAGACCAAAUUAUUCAAAUUGUACAGAUUUGUUAUCAAUUGUCAUUACAAAUAGUGAGAGACUUGGUAACAAUGUUUAUCCAACUGCCAUUCAUUCACAGCUAAAGUUUUAUACUUGUGAGAAUUGUGGAUUGACUGAUCUCUUUCCCUUCCCCAUCUUUCUCACAAAAUCCAUUCAACUCUUGUCAUUGAAUAGGAACCGAAUCAACAAAGUAUUACCAGUUUUCCCUUCAACUUCAUCUGUUAGUACAUUAGAUUUAAGGGGUAACCAAUUAAUUGGAGCAAUUGAUAAUUCAUAUUGUUCAAUUAGCUUUACAAACUACCAACCAUCCAAUGGAGUGAUACCACCAUGUACAACGUUAAAGAUUACAAAGCCAGCAUUGUAUACUGCAGGUGCUGGAAUCAUAGAAAUCAAUGGUGAGGAUUUAGGGUUUUAUCCUGACCGCAUUCUACCCGACCCAGCACUCUUUGUCAACUAUGCUGCCGUCCAAUUCAAGAUACCAAACAAAAGAUUCCAAAUUUCAUCAAGUGUUCCUGCAAUGGUCAAUGCAACUAAUAGUGGUAGUUUAAAGGUAUACUUUUUAGACCUAAACAAUGCUAGUUUGACCGUACAGAUUAGUUUGUUGCCACCAAAGAUUGACUCUAUAACGACUUAUUUCGACUCGGACAUCAACGGCUACGUCGAAGUGAUCGUGCCAACUCUAUUGAUACGGUGCAAGUUGCCAGACACUGCCAAUAUGGAAGAAAACUAUUAUUUGGUGACUGCAACUGUGCGAGACGGACAAAAGGGGUCGUUCAACUACCCAUUCAUCCGUUACUUUCCAACGAUCACUGCCAUCACAUCGCCACCUCGUACCGGUGGGCCUUUUACCAUCUCUGGACAAUUUGGUGAGAACUUUACAGUGGUGGCGCUGUCGGUGGGCGGUGUGUCGUGUCCCAUUGAAUUUAUCAACUCGACUACCAUCUUUUCGAGAAUUGCCCCGGGGUCGGGCAUCAAGGACGUGCGUCUGACAGUGGCUGGAUUGGUUAUGAAUCGAUUCGGCAUCUUCUCGUAUGAAGGUGACGAUCAAUGUUAUUGCUCAGACAAUGGAGUGUGUGCGGUUGGCGGAUGCUCGUGUUAUUUCGGGUGGACUGGUCCUAUUUGCGGCGACCGUGUCGUUCCCUCCAACUCUACACACGGUGUCAAUGGAUCAGAGAUAGAGUCAGAGGGGAUCAAGUUUGGAUUCAGGGUGGCCGGGAUCCGAGAGGUUGAUAUUGACGACAAGGUGGUACGCGAGUUUGCCUUUUCAAACUGGACGCUUAGCAGCUCGGUCGAACCCGUCUACAAACAAUGGACCUAUUUCUACGAUCAAUUUGACGGAUUGAACCCUGUCUCUACCAAUGUGUCUUACUCGAUUCGUGAGUACACCCAACAAGACAGUUUUGAAUUUGCCGGUGUCCCUUUGGAAAUGGAUAUAGGGUCACUCAAGAUGACGGCGACCGUCAACCAAUGGCCAUACCUAAAGUCAACAAACAGUAUCGAGAUUAUGCUCCAAUCCUACUCGCUGACCGAUUCCAAGUGUAGCGGAGAGAUUGUAGCCAACCAGGUAGAAAGUACUAUCAAAUACAUAACCAUCAUGAGAGAUGGAAAGGUACUCUAUGCCAGAUUCAUCGAUCGUGUCUUGUCUGAUGGUAGAAGUACCUUUUCAAGAACUCGUGUCAUUAAUCAAACUGAAGCAUAUAUUUAUGUUGGCAUUGGUUUACCUUAUUGUCCAAAUCAAUGUAUUUUAGAUCCUGAUUUUUCUAUAUUAAUUCAAGAAGAUGGAAUGUGUAAAUCAUCAUCAAAUGAUAUUCUUAUUAUUUCAGUUUCAGUUGUAGUUAGUUUGGUUGGAGCUUCAGCAAUAUUGAUUGCAGUCUUUGCACUUAGAAGAAAAGCAUUUUUCAAAAUAUCUCUUCGUCAUGGUGUUGUAUUCAUGUGGAAGACAAGAACUGAUACCGAUGAACCCAAUUCCGAAGAAAUGAAACAAAAUGAUUUUUAA